UUUUCCUAUUAUGACCUAAAUCUGGUUAUCUUUUCUGUAAGAACCUUCUAAUAGAAGGAAUUUGGACUUGUGUGUGUUUAUAUCCUUGUAUACGUCCACAUGUCAUGUGUUUGCCUUUAUGGUCACAUUUUUCCAAACUAAUUGGGGACCCUCACUUAUGCUGAUCAAACCGUUCUGUUCUCCGAGUGUUGGCGAGAUUUUGAGGGAUACUGGGAAGAGAGACGUUGGUCGAAAGCCCUUUAGAACGUUUCUUUGUGAGAGAGUUAUGGAAAUUAGGUUUGGAAGAGCUUUUGUGAAGAGAUCUGUGCUUUCUUGCCUUUUUGAAAUAGUUAUUAGGGUCUUUUUGGAUUGAAAAAUUACGGUUCUUAAGGAUCGGUUUAAUAUCAAAACAACUCUUGAUGAUGUCUUCUUUUAUCUGGUCUAUCUCGCUCAUGAUUUUAUUUAUCAACUUGAGAUUCUUGAUCCUGAACUAUUCUCACAAGACCAGGGUCGUCUCCCAUUUUGUCAAGGUUGUUAAAGAAGUAUGGGACUCUUGAUUGCAUGGUCUCUUGUAUUCUAUCUUUAUAAUCAACUUCUUUAUUAAUCUUAUAAUUAAUUUUAUCCUCAUAGCCUAUCAUUUGGUGAGCAUAUGUAAGGAGAAUGUCAUCUCUCUUUGAUUUCAUUUUAUUUAAGAUUUACCAUCUUUGCACCUUUGAAGAGUUUAUUUUUCUUAAAACUUUUAAACUUAAUUCUCUUCUUUGACUUGUUUUUUAGUGACUUUUUAGAUUUCAAAGUUGUCUUCAUCGAACUAUUAUC